CCGACACAUGCAUUCACACAGGGGCCAUGCUCUGGCUUCAGAGCCCAGGCAGCUGGUCUCAGCAGCAUCCAAGCCCCUCAUCGGCUGCCCUGCUCCUGGGGUGCCCCUGAGCCCAGAAACCUCGGGGCUGUGGGAGGGGAGGUGGCGUCUGCUUUGCUCUCAAGGGAGCCCCUAGAGACGGCAGCAGGAUGGGUGGGCGGCCCUCGAGCCCCCUGGACAAGCGGCAGCAGCAGCACCUGAGGGGCCAGGUGGACGCCCUGCUGAGGAACUUCCUGCCCUGCUACCGCGGGCAACUGGCAGCCUCUGUCCUGCGACAGAUCUCCCGUGAGCUGGAGCCCCGGGAGCCCGCCGGAUGCCAGCUGAUGCGCAGUAAAAAGCUUCCCCGAGUCCGUGAACACCGAGGGCAUCUGACCCAGCUUGGGGGCCACCCACCCCGAUGGCAGCCCAUUUUCUGUGUCCUGCGUGGGGAUGGCCGCCUGGAGUGGUUCAGCCUCAGGGAGGAAUAUGAAAAUGGGGGCCAUCCCCUGGGCUCCAUGACCUUGACAGGGUAUACUGUCCUGACUUCCCAGCGUGAAUAUCUCCACCUGUUGGACACUCUCUGUCCAGUCUCCUCAGGAGAUCAUACACAGGAAGAGCCUGACCCCCUCCUGGAAAUGCCGGUGACCUUCCCCCUGUUCCUGCAGCACCCCUUCCGCCGGCACCUCUGUUUCUCUGCAGCCUCGAGGGAAGCACAGCGCGCCUGGAGGCUAGCCCUGCAGGGCGGCAUCCGGCUUCGUGGCACAGUCCUGCAGCGCAGUAAGGCCCCCGCCGCCCGCGCCUUCCUGGACGCCGUAAGACUCUAUCGGCAGCACCAAGGCCACUUUGGCGGCGACGACGUGACCCUGGGCUCGGACGCCGAGGUGCUGACCGGGGUGCUGAUGCGGGAGCUGCUGCCUGCGCUGCGAGCCCAGACGCUGCCCGGCCUGCGGGGCGCGGGCCGCCACCGUGCCUGGGCCUGGAUCGAGCUCCUAGACGCGGUGCACGCCGCCGUCCUGGCCGGGGCCUCCGCCGGACUCCGCGCCUUCCAGCCGGAAAAAGACGAGCUGCUCACGGUCCUGGAGAAAACCAUCCGCCCCGACGUGGACCAGAUACUGCGGCAGCGGGAGCGCCUGGCGGGGAGGCUGCGGGUCCAGGUCCAGGGCCCUCUAGAGUCGUGCCUGUGCAGGAAGGUGGACACACAGCUGUCCCUGGUCACUCAAAAGCUGCUGAGCACCAUGGAAGCCGUUCUCUCAGCAGUGCAGACCCUCCUAGCUCAGGGCAUGGACCGCCUGUCCCGCCACCUGCGUGGGAGCUCCUCUGGCACGUGGCUGCGCAAGGAGGUUUACUCAUUUGGGGAGAUGCCCUGGGACCCAGAGCUGAUGCAGACCUGCUACCGUGAGGCUGAGAGAAGCCAGGGCCGCCUGGGUCAGCUGGUGGUGCCAUUUGGCUUCUCUGGAACACGAAGCCUCAUGUUUGGGGCUCAGGAUCUUGCACAGCAGCUUAUGGCUGACUCUGUGGCCACCUUCCUCCAGCUGGCGGACGAGUGUCUGACCACAGCCCUCAACUGCACCCAGGCUGCCCAGCAGCUGGAGAAAGUCAGGGGCCGUGUGCUGAAGAAGUUCCAAUCCGACAGCAGCUCGGCACAGAGGGAGUUCAUCCGCGGGUGGCUGCUCUGCAUCUUCUUGCCCUUUGUGUUGAGCCAGCGGGAGUGGAGCUGCAAAGUGCUGCCUCUCUUCCAGGAUCUGCUUGAGUUAGAAGGAGACGUCCUUGCUGUGGGUAGCCCGGCCCUGACCCUCGAAGGCAUCUAUGAAGACAUUGUCCAGGGGGUCCUGCUUCAGAGGAUCAAUGGAGAAUUGAAAAAGGCCCUCCGUGUCAGUGACGUGUCCUGCACUUUGGAUGGUUGCUCAGCGGCCCCAUGGGACCAGACAGGAGUAGAUGAGGAAGCUGAGGCUCAGAAAGGAACUUGCCCCGGGCAGCCAGGCUCUGGUGCUGAGGUCCAGCCUUUCUGCCCGCUGCCUCCUCCGAGAACAUUCUGCAGCUAAGUCUUCAGCCACUUCUGUCCUCAUUCGUUCACAGUGGAUAAGUGUGUGCUAGUGGAAUUUAAGAGUCAAAGCAUAUGCACCAUUUCAAGCCUUUUAUAACCCUCAUACCACCUCCACCUCAUUCCUCUCUGAAAAAGCUGGUCUUUUUUUACACUCCCAUCAGCAGGAUUUGUGCAUAUUCUCCAUAUCCUUUCCAAACACUAGAAAUUUUCCUAACAGAGCAAAAGUCAAUUUGAAAGACACACACAUUUCAUUGUUUUAUUUUGAAUUUCCUUAAUGAUUACACUGAAUCUAAACAUGUGUUUAUUGGCCAUUUUUAUGUUUGUGCUUUUAUUUUUUUAAGUGAAUUGCCUGUUCAUGGCUUUUACCUACCUUUCUCUUCAGGAGAUUUUAUCUUUUUCUUAUUGAUCUCUAAUAACUCUUUGUAUAUUAAAGAUAUUAAUGCUUUGUUA